AUGCUUUUACUAGCAGAAGAUGACUGGGCGCCCCAGGGUCAAGCUGAGAGUAUUUGUUUUCGGACUUCAACAGUGGCUAUUAAAAGAAGAUCCAGAGUCCCUGGAGUUAUGAUAACACAGUUUGUGGAGGAAGUACCAGAGGGCAUGUCCACCCCCGACUUCACUCGCAAGCCCAUCGCUUUGACGAUCCAAGAGGGUAAAUUAGCCUUUUUCAAAAGUAUGGUAAGCGGAGUGCCUAAACCAAACAUCACCUGGGCCAGGAACAAAGGCCCGCUGGAGGAUCCAGUGAAGUAUAUCAGUAGAUAUGAUGAGACUAUGGAAGAAUAUUUUCUUGAGAUACCCAAUGUAAGAGCAGAACAAGCUGACACCUACAAAUGUUUUGCCGCCAAUGAAUAUGGAAGAGCAGUUUGCACUGCCACCUUGAAUGUUAUUGAGGUUGGAUUCAAGAAGAAAGCGACAACAGGUCCAAAAAGAGCGGCACCAGAGGAUUUCAGAAAAAUGCUUAAGAGGAAGGUUGUACGAACUAAACCACAACUAAAGAAGAAGGAGGGAGAGAUUGAUCCAAAGUUCUGGGAGGUGUUGCUGAGCUCACCUAAGAAGGACUAUGAGAAGGUCUGUAUAGAGUAUGGAGUCAGUGACUUCCGCUGGAUGCUGAAGCAGCUGAACUUAAAGAAGAAAGAGAGAGAGGAGGAACAGGCAAAGGUUGUUGAAAAAAUUGACAAUCUUAAACAUAUUGAGGUGAAAACAGAUGGCUCAGCAGAGUUUGAACUAGACAUGGAACUGAAGAAUCCCAACAGUCAGGUUUUCCUAUUCAAGGAUGGGGUAAUGGUUCCCUAUUCUGACGACGGCAGCGGGAAGCACAACCUAAACAAAAUUGGCAAAAAGUAUAUCUUUAGCAUCAAUGACCUGAUGCCGGACGACGCUGGGUUGUACCAGGUGGACGUUGAGGAUGCCAAUUGUUUCUCAACUGACUUUAAGAUUAUACCAGUGGAGUUUGUGGUCAAGAUUCAGGAGGUGAAGGCUAAGGAGAGAGAGGAUGCCAUGUUUGAGUGUGUCUUGUCCCACCCCUUCCAAAAGAUUGUGUGGACUGGAAAGAAGAUCCCUCUCGAACAAGGGGACAAGUUUGACAUCACUGUGUCAGAAGACCACCUCAUUCACAGCUUAAAAGUGAAAGAUUGUGCCCAAGUCGACAAAGGAGUCUACACUGCCAUGGCUGGCAUUACCUCCUGCAACGCUUGGCUUAUUGUGGAAGCCGAUAAUGACCCAAACAUGCGUGGGGGAAAAGCGUCCCGUAAAACCACCACGGCUGGUGGUGGAGGAGAGAACCUGGCUAAGAUAGCCGCAGAGCAGUCAGCUAAGCUGCAGAAGGAAAAGGAUGACCUGGAUGCAGCCAGACGGGCCCAAGCAGAGAAGGAUGCUGCGGAUGCAGCCAGACAGUCCCAAGCAGAGAAGGAUGCUGCGGAUGCAGCCAGACGGGCCCAAGCAGAGAAGGAUGCUGCGGAUGCAGCCAGACGGGCCCAAGCAGAGAAGGAUGCUGCGGAUGCAGCCAGACGGGCCCAAGCAGAGAUGGACCCUGCGGAUGCAGCCAGAUGGGCCCAAGCAGAGAAGGAUGCUGCGGAUGCAGCCAGACGGGCCCAAGCAGAGAAGGAUGCUGCGGAUGCAGCCAGACGGGCCCAAGCAGAGAAGGAUGCUGCGGAUGCAGCAGGAGCCGGAGAGGGGGAUGGAGAAGGACAUGGAGGUGUUCAAUUCCUUAAUGGACUGGCUGAUAUUACUGGCAGCCUCGGGGAAACAGCAGAACUGUCCUGCAAACUGAGCCAUGAGAACUGUGAGGGAGUCUGGCUUAAAGACGGGCAACGACUAACCAAUGAGGAUGGGCUGAAAAUCAUCAAAGAUGGAGCCAGUCACAAGCUGGUAAUUGAAAACUGUAAAAAAGACGAUGCAGGAGUCUAUUCAUUUGAGGUGGAUGGUCAUAAAUCUGAGGCAAGGUUCACUGUUUCAGGUGCUCAAUUUGUUGGAUGCGGACUCUCUGAUAUCGAAGUUAAAUUUGAUGAAACAGCAGAGCUGUCCUUGACACUAAGCAGUCCGAAUGUUGAGGGGUUCUGGUUUAAAGACGGGAAAGAGGUAGCUCGUGGUGACAGGCUGAAAAUCAUCAAAGAAGGAGCUAAUCACAAGCUGGUCAUUGAUAACUGUAAAAAAGACGAUGCAGGAAUCUACCACUUUGAGGUGGAUGGUCGUAAAUCCAAGGCAACGCUCACUGUGCAGGGUGCUCAAUUCAGCAUUGGACUGUCUGAUGUCGACGUUAAGCUUGACGCAACAGCAGAGUUACUCUGUGAAGUGAGCAGUCUAAACAUUGAGGGGGUCUGGUAUAAACAUGGAAAACAGGUAACUCCUGAUGACAGGGUAAAAAUCAUCACAGAUGGAGCCUGUCACAAGCUUGUCAUUGAUUGCUGUCGAAAAGAUGAUGGAGCAGUCUAUCGCUUUGAGGUCGAUGGUCGUAUAUCAGAGGCCACACUCACUGUUCAGCCUGUUCAAUUCAUUUUGGGAGUGGCUGAUGUCCAAGUUAAAAUCUGCACACCAGCAGAGCUGUCCUGCAAACUGAGCAGUGCAAACUGUAAGGGGAUCUGGUAUAAAGACGGAUUUCAGGUACCUCCCGAUGACAGGGUGAAAAUCAUCAAAGAAGGAGCCUGUCACAAGUUGGUCAUUGAUAACUGUAAAAACGACGAUUCAGGAGUCUAUCACUUUGAGGUGGAUGGUCGUAUAUCUGAGGGAUCACUCACUGUGCAGAACCCGCCAACAUUCAACAUGGAUUCUCUGAGAGAAUUCUCUAAGCCGGUCAUUGUGAGAGCAUGUGAAACUGCUGAGUGGAAAUUGGCCUUUUCGGGUGGUGACCCAAUGAAGAUCAAGUGGAUCAAGGAGGAUGAGGAACUCCUGGAAGGCCUCAAUGUCAAGAUAGAACAGACUGACAUAAAAGCCAGCUUGUGUAUUACCGAUUGUCAAAGGAGGAACUGUGGAGAGGUCAAAAUCAAUAUAAAAAAUGACUAUGGUACAUUGGAAGCCACAUCCAGACUGAUUGUUCUUGACAAACCCACACCGCCACAAAGACCUGUGGAAAUUGUGGAAACUUCUCUAACCGCCAUUGAAUUCAAAUGGAAACCCCCAAAGGAUGACGGUGGCUGUCCAGUCAAACACUACAUUUUGGAGCGCCAGCAGGUGGGGGGAAGCAAGACAUGGACAAAUGUAGGGGAGCUCCCAAAUGACCCCCUUAAAUACAGGGAUACUAAUGUAAAGCCUGGGAAAAGAUACUGUUACAACAUCAGAGCCAAGAAUGAGGAGGGAGUCAGUAAUGCGCUGGAGACAGAGGACAUCCAGGCUGGCAUAUUGUGUUACCCAGGACCCCCUUCGGCACCCAAAGUGGUCAGUGCCUUCAAGGACUGCAUCAACCUGGUUUGGUCUCCCCCUAUCAACACUGGAGGAACUGAAACUUGGGGUUACAACCUUGAGAGACGCAAGAAGGGAAGCAACUUUUGGAGCCCUGCAAACCUAGAUGGGCCUAUCAAAGACACAACGUUUGCAGUGAAAGAUGUUAUUGAGGGAGCAGCUUAUGAAUUUCGAGUGUCAGCUAUUAACAUCUCUGGUGUCGGCGAGCCCAGUCCUCCCUCUGUUAUAGUCUUUGCCAGAGAUCCCAAGAUGAGGCCACAAUUUACAGGAAAAAUGAAGAGCUUCAUGGUUGUGAGAAAGGGGAAUACUGUACGAUUCAACAUCAACUUUGAGGCCUCUCCUUUGCCAGAUAUCUAUUGGUUGAAGGACUGCGUGCCUCUGUCCAAACGUGUCACCAUCACCAACUCUGACCGAGGUUCACAGCUUCUGAUCCCCACGUCAGAGCGCUCUGAUACGGGCAUCUUUACCAUCAUUGUCAAGAACAUGGUCGGUCAGGAGACAUUCAGUGUCGAGAUCCGAGUCACAGAUGAUCCCAAGCCUCCUGGCCCGGUGGAGUUGGAACAGAAUGUUCCUGGAACAGUGACUGUGACCUGGACUCCCUCCCCAGAUGAGAAGAAGGAUGACAGGCUGCACUACGUUGUGUACAAACGUGACUCUGUCAAGCGCACCUGGAGGAUGGUCGCUGACAGCCUCUUCAACCAUAAGUUCACAGUUAUCAACAUUCUACCCGGCAGAGAGUAUAACUUCAGAGUGUUUGCUAAGAAUGACAUGGGCCUCUCAGAACCUGCUGUGUCCCCUACAUGGUCCUGUAACUCAGAUAAUUUCAUACUGGACGUGCCAGACGUAAAGGGCUUGGAUCUUCAGUGUCCACCAUCGUUUUUACUCCGAUUGAAAAUCCGCACCGCUCCACCAGGCUACGAGUGCUACAUGAGCUGUGCUGUACGAGGGAAUCCAAAACCCCAUGUCACAUGGUACCAUAACAACGUCAGCCUCAACACCAACACCAACUACCUUAUCACCAACGUGUGUGGGGUCUGCACAAUGCUCAUAUUGAAGAUCGGACCCAAGGACAGCGGUGACUACAGUGUCAUCGCAGACAGUCCCUUGGGCAGGGCAGAGUGCUCCACCAAGCUCACAGUCAGAGAGUGAAGAGUUCACCCAGAUGAUUGAUUGGCAGCAGCUGGCAACACAAACUUAUGUAUUGAUCUGUCAUAGUCUUCAAAUAGACUAGGUGUUGUGUGUGUGUGUGUGUGGAGGCUCAGAUGCCCUUUUUCUUUUUUCAAAAUGGUACACUCUUAGUUUUCUAUGUGCUCACAUGUAAUGUGUCCUUCUAUUUAUUCUAGUUGUUAAAACAUUGCAAAGCAUGAAAUGAACAUGACAAGACAAACACAUGUCACUAACUUUUGUGAAAGUGUCUAUAUAAAUAUAUAUAUAAAUAAAGAGACAAAUCUAC